AUGCCUUCCUCCAAGUCAACCGCCCCUACCCUUGACCAGAUUCUCGUCCCCGAGACUCUGCUGAAGAAGCGCAAGUCCCAAGAGAAGGCCCGCGAAGAGCGCACCGCCGAGCUCGAGAAGAAGAAGAAGGCCGCCAAGGAGAAGCGUGGCGUCAUCUUCAAGCGCGCUGAGAAGUACGUCAAGGAGUACCGUGACCAAGAGCGUGAGAAGAUCCGUCUUCAACGUUUGGCCAAGCAAGAGGGCAACUUCUACAUUCCUGCUGAAGACAAGUUGGUCUUCGUUGUCCGUAUCAAGGGUAUCAACAAGAUUGCACCCAAGCCCCGCAAGAUCCUCCAACUCCUCCGUCUUCUCCAGAUCAAUAAUGGUGUCUUUGUCCGCAUGACCAAGGCCACCCUCGAGAUGCUGAAGGUCGUCGAGCCAUGGAUCGCUUACGGCUACCCCAACCUGAAGACUGUCCGCGAGCUCAUUUACAAGCGUGGAUAUGGAAAGGUCAACAAGCAACGUAUUGCUCUCACUGAUAACUCGAUCAUCGAGGAGAACCUCGGCAAGUACGGCAUCGUCUGUAUGGAGGACUUGAUUCACGAAAUCUUCACCGUCGGCCCCAACUUCAAGCAAGCCGCCAACUUCCUAUGGCCAUUCAAGCUCUCCAACCCAACUGGUGGAUUCCGUACCCGCAAGUUCAGACACUACGUCGAGGGUGGAGAUCUCGGAAACCGUGAAGAGAAGAUCAACGCUUUGGUCCGCCAGAUGAACUAG